AUGGAGAUAAAAAGUGCUCUAAAAGUAAAUGCACUUUUGUGUUAUGAUUACGCAUCCUUGAUUGUGUGUUUGGUGUCAGUGCAGCCAUGUUUUCCCUCCUCUUCUUGUUCAAAAACAGCACGCGUAAUUAAACAAAUAUCUCGGUGAUCCAACACUUCUUGAACGGGUCGAAGCUUUCACACAGAUAUUAAAUCAGGUUAUUUUAUUGGGUGUAAUUUGGAGGAGAAAUCAAAGCCAAUUACAGGAAUGAGGAGGAAUGAACUUGUGGAUGUGAGAGGAUGGAGGAGGGGGGCUCUAAAGCUGACAUACCUCAAGCUUCAGCUCUGAUUGGUCCUCGUUUGGAGAAGCUCAUGGGUUCAUUCCGUUGUUAAGCGCCUCCCCAUUUCUCUAAACUACAUUAUAAUGCAACGAACCUCCCUUUUAACCACAAACCGAAUUUGCUUUCAUUUAGGCCAUAUAUAUUUCUUAAAUAGGUUAAAGUCAUAGAGAUUUUUUAUUUUUUUGUGGGAAUAGCACUUCGCCCUGGAGCGGUGCGCAAUGCUAUCUCAUGCCGACCUCCUGGAUGCUCGCCUCGGUGAGUUAUCAUCACCAAACUCCGGUCUUCAACUCUACUGUAAGCUGGAGGCGACUUCUCAUCUUAAAUCAAGCUGUGAAAAUUGUCAAUUUGCUCCUUAGAUCAUCUUAAUGUGGCUGAAGUGAGCUAAACUCGCUUAAUUCAUUGGAAAAGUAAUUAUUAUUAUUAUAUUACUGCGUAAUUUGAUUUAACAAUUUUCUAAGAUAUCGUUGGAUCGAAUUGAAUUAAGAGUAUUUAAGGAGCAGAUUGUGGUGUGCAUGCUGUGCUUGUGUCUCUUUUAAAGAGCUGCAGGAUUUUUUAAUUCACUAUUUGUCUUUUUAAUGCAUGCAGAGCUUUUCUCCUGCAGAUAAAUAACGUUUCACUUAUUUCUAAUUCACUAUUUGUCUUUUUAAUGCAUGCACAGAGAUAAUGAUAACUCUAUGAAUCAGAAUAUCUGCCUGUAUAUUUUGCAUGAGUGCAUUUUUAAAAGUCUAACAUGUGCUUUUUUUCUCCCUCCUGCAGAGAAAGUCUUCUCUAUUUUCUUCUCACCAGCUGUUCCUGUUGUAUUUUCAGGGAUGAAGGAUGCCGCGGCGGAGCUUCUGGGCCACAGGGAGGCUUUAAAGUGCAGGCUGGGCGGAGGUGGAGGACCUGACCCGGGCGGACACUCCGCGGAGCUCGGCUCGGUUCCGGACGGCGUGGAAGGAGCCACGAUGCUCCCCGGUGAUGAUAUCAGCAGCGGCGGAGGUGGUGGAGGUGGUGGAGGAGGAGGAGGAGGGUCCAACCCGGUGCAGGUGAACAGCAAAGAUCAGGAGAAGCAGCAGCAGCAGAACAACAACAAUAACAACAACCCGAACCAGGCCGGAGGGCAGCAGACCCAGAAACAGAAGCGGCACAGGACGCGCUUCACGCCUGCGCAGCUCAACGAGCUGGAGAGGAGCUUCGCCAAAACGCACUACCCAGACAUCUUCAUGCGGGAGGAGCUGGCGCUGAGGAUCGGCCUGACGGAGUCCAGAGUACAGGUUUGGUUUCAGAACAGACGCGCCAAGUGGAAGAAGCGCAAGAAGACCACUAACGUGUUCCGCGCUCCAGGCACCCUCCUGCCGACGCACCACGGCCUGCCUCAGUUCCCCUCCGCCGCGGCGGCAGCAGCGGCCAUGGGCGACAGCCUCUGCUCCUUCCACGCCAACGACACCCGCUGGGCCACGGCGGGGAUGCCCGGCGUGUCUCAGCUGCAGCUCCCCCCGGCUCUGGGCCGCCAGCAGGCCAUGGCGCAGUCUCUCUCUCAGUGCAGCCUCGGCGCAGGACCCCCGCCGAACUCCAUGGGUCUAUCCAACAUGUCGUCCAACGGCUCCGGGCUGCAGUCUCACCUGUACCAACCCACCUUCCCCGGCAUGGUCCCCGCGUCUCUGUCCGGCCCCACCAACGUGACGGGCUCUCCUCAGCUGUGUAGCUCCCCGGACAGUGACGUGUGGAGAGGGACAAGCAUCGCGUCGCUGCGCCGCAAAGCGCUGGAGCACACAGUGUCCAUGAGCUUUACUUAGUGACGAGAUAAUCUGCGUUUAGUUUGUAUUCAUCCACAACCCAUGAACAGUCAGCGGAGGAACACACCCAGGAUACACCUGCAGAUAAAACCUGGCGUUUUUUUCUCUUCUAAACCCCAAAACCAGAGGAGGACUGAAGCUGAGGACUGGUUCCGUUUAAGCUCUUAUCUAUUAUUUCGCAUGUAGCAUAUGACAACUAUUUAUUUGUCUAUUUAAAUUAACUUAUUGGUUCGUUCUGUAUUUAUUUCGUUGCCACAUGCAGCCCUUAUGAGGGCUUCAGUGACAUUUGCUUGGUGAUUGUCGCUUUUUGAGGACAAAUUCAUUGAAAAUGAAGAAGAAACAAGCUGAAAAUUUCCCCUUUUCCCACUUUGAAGGGAUGCACAGUGGACAUGCAGAAAACACCUGGAGGUUUAAAGGAACAUAAGAGGAAGAGGACCUGACUGCAUGUGCUAUCCGAGAAAAAUUAAGAUUAUUAAAAAAACAUAUGGGAAAAACUUUAAAUUAAGACCUGGAAACUAACUAUAAUCUGUUCUAUAGGAUGUUUUGUGUAGAGGAAACACUCUUGUUCCCAUUUUGGUCAGUUUGUGAAGAAAAUUCUGUUUUCAAGAUUCUG